CGUGGAAGUUGGUCAUGGUCGUCCGCCAAACGGAAAGCCGCCAUGAUGGCUUUCUGUAAAGUACGCUCAAUAUGUAAAGUUUCGAUAUUGUUUUUCAUUAAUUGUGACUGAGUGCGUGCAAAAAUUAACCAUGGGAACGAACUAGAGUGUGCAAAGUGCUGUUUAAGGUCCUUUAGGACCUCCUGGAGGAGCUAAAAAGUGAUUUAUUAGUGCAUUUUUGUGUCGACGCUAGCGUGUUUUGUUCUGUCAACAAAAUGUCGAAGCUCUCGUUUAGGGCGAGGGCCCUGGAUGCGUCCAAACCAAUGCCGAUAUAUCUCGCCGAGGAGCUUCCGGAUUUACCGGACUACUCGGCGAUUAACCGUGCAGUACCUCAAAUGCCUUCUGGUAUGGAAAAAGAGGAAGAAAGUGAGCACCACCUGCAGCGGGCGAUAUCUGGCACGGGACUGAUCAUACCAACGCCGGAAGUAUGUCCCGUGUCCGAUAUAGAGUUCUACGAGCGAUGCUACCCGCCGGACUACAAGAUGCCGAAACAACACAUACAUAUGCAACCGCUAUGGGAGGAACAAGAGACGCCGGAGUACGACAUCGACUCGGAGGACGAGCGGUGGCUCAAGCAGCAGCGGCAUCCAGAGCUGACAGAGCUAAAGUUCGAGCAAAUGAUGGACAAACUGGAGAAGAGCUCUGGCCAAACGGUGGUCACGCUCAACGAGGCCAAGCUUCUCCUGGAGCGGCAGGAUGACCUCGUGAUCGCCGUGUAUGAUUACUGGCUUAAUAAGCGGCUGACCACGCAACAUCCACUCGUAUUGUCCGUUAAAACGGAGAGCAGGCCCGGACAGUCGUCGAAUAACCCCUACCUUGCGUUCAGGAGACGAACGGAGAAGAUGCAGACGAGGAAAAAUAGGAAAAACGACGAGAGCUCAUACGAGAAGAUGCUCAAACUGCGUCGUGAGUUAGCCACUGCUUUAAGCCUGCUCGAGAUGGUAGCGCGCCGCGAGCGAGCGAAGCGAGAGCUAGUUAAACUCACGGCACUGCUUGCAGAGAGGCGAUACGCGGCUGGCGACUUUGCGAGCCAAUUACCUGAGCCGCCUGUCCGGGCCGCUAUCCCAGCGGUGCCGCUAACACCGGUGCGUCGCGAUUUUUCGCAUACGGCGUUCGCGCCGCGCGUGCCCGCGCCCGCACCGCACGACGCGCACCAGCGGCAGCGUGAAAAGCGACCGUACAAAAGAAGGAAACACAGGCAUCACACACCCAGCUCCGUGCAGGGUGUGCGAGAGUGCACUUCAUCAGAAGAGGAGAGCGUAUCGCCCGUCGACGACGGUCCGUUCGCGUUUCGACGUAAGCCGGGAUGCUUCUAUGAAAUGCCAACAUCAACCCUGUGCGGUGACCCCGUGGACCCUGACAGUCCGUCGAAAGAGGGACUGUUCCAACAUGAAAUAGACGAACGGACGAGGUUCACGCUAACAUCGGUCCGACACCCGUACCCCCGCUACGUGGGCUUCGCCCGUCGCCGCAUCGGCAGGGGCGGCCGGGUGAUAUUGGACCGGGUUAAAACACCGCUCGACUCGCUGUGGCCCGACCUCCCCGUGCCAGAGACGAGGGUUGAGGAGGACCUCGAGAAUCAAAGGCUGCGAAGUCCAAAGGUGAUAAGUCGUGACUACCACACGGGCGGAAAGCACCCGUGGAGACACGCGUUCCGAAAACACCUCGCCGCAAACCCCCACCUGUGGACCGACGUCCCUAGAGAAACGUUCGACGACAUGAAAAUAGACCUGCAAGACGUGAAAAUCGACGUCGACGACGCCGACAGUGUCAAAAUGGACGUUGACAGCGUCAAAGUCGAAGUUGACAGCGUCAAAGUGGACUGUGACAGCGUCAAAAUGGACGUGGACAGUGUCAAAAUUGAUGUUGACAGUGUCAAAAUGGAUGAUGACGGUGUUAAAGUGUAUGAUGAUGGUGUUAAAGUGUAUGAUGACACUGCUAAAGUGUAUGAUGACAAUUUUAAAGUGUAUGAUGACAGUGCUAAAGUCGAUAUCGACAGUGCGAAUAGUGAUGUGCGCAGUGUGAGCGCACGGACGAUAGAUAGUGUUGUGCAGGACAAUCUCAAACGGGUGAUGAGGAAACGGGCGUGGAGUUGUAGUACGGACUACGACUCGGAUGAAAGUUUGCAUCCCGUCGAGAAGGAGUUUGAGAGUUUCAUCAGCGAGGUGCAGGAGAAAUGGCUUCAUUUCCGACCGAAAACACCGCCCCCCUCACCGCCCGCCACAGAAAAAACGGACGAUCUAUUUCCCAUAGCUCUAGACACGCCUAUAUCUGUCGAACUAACGUUAGAACCACCUACAGGCGGUCUAGAUACAUUCACCACCUCAGAAUUCACUCUAGGCGACCUAUAUGGAGAUAUAAAUCCAGAUAUAGACAACAGCGGAAGUCUAGACAUCAGCAAUGAAGACCUACUAACCGAAAACUUAGGACUAACGGAAGCCCAAGUCGAGAGCAUUCUAUCCGAGACGGAUCUCAAAGCGCUAGCCGACGUCGAUUUGACUAAAGACGACAAGAAAAUGGCUAUCACUGAUGAUUUGUUGGAGGAGUUGGUUAAAGAUGAGGACGGGAAGGAUUCUUUUUUAUGUCAAGGCCAGAGCGUAUACGGGCGGAUCGUCUCUGGCAAACGCACGAGGGCCGAAGCGUUCGGUUCGACGUGCGUGCGCGUGGCGGCCGCGGGUAGGGAGCCGAUAUAUGUGGACACGAUACCGACGCCCGAAAUUAAAAAAGACACCGCUAAUGUUGUUAAAAAGGAAAAAGUACCAACAUCGAAGAUUAUAGUCGAGGAAGUGAACGAAGUACCCGUUAAAAUUGAAAAGAAGGAGGAGGAAAUAGUGCAAGUGAAGGCGGCGAAGAGUCCGCUGAAGAAGCACGUGGUCGCGGCGCACAGACGCGAUGUGACGAUCGUCACAUCGGACGCGACGCAUUCGCAGUUGGUGACGGUGGCCGUGUCGGAUAGUUUGAAGCAAGUGCGUUUGGGAUCGCCGGCUACAGGCAAUGUGGUCGGACUGCUGCAAAAUGGACCGUUUGCUGUCACACUACCUCUGCAGAGAGAUCUCGGCGCAACGAGCGUAGCGAGCGUCGCGAACGUUGUCACAGCUGGCGCCGCCGGCAAAGUGGCCAACGUCGCCAACAUGGCCAACGUCAGCAUGGCCAACAUGGCCAACAUGGCCAGCGUGAGCGUGGCCAACGUCGCCAACGUGAGCGUGGCCAACGCGCGCCGCGUGUCCGCACCGUUGGUCCAACUUGCGCCAGCCUCGUUACACAAACCACUGCAAAUACACCAUCCCACGGUAGUGGUGACGCCCCAACACCACGUGACCCAAAGCAAAUUGAAAGUAUUACACGCCCAUCCGCUCACGCAUACGCAGAGAACGCAAUUACUAGCGCAGAACAGGCAUUUAUCGCCUCUACCAGCCGCUGUAGUGUCUCUAAAAGCUGCUCCGGGUUCUGUAGCGCAAUUCUUCGAGAUCAAAGGUGGCCAAUUAGCAAAGGGGCCGCAUUUGGUCAACGUACUGCGCCAACCGCAGCCGCAAGUCAAGACUAGUGUAGCCAGACUGGAUAUAGAUAAAAAACGGCAAGUGGUCUUCGAUGGGACGUUGAAAGGCAAUGUGACGACAGCGACACGACCUCAACGUAUUAGUUUAGAUGGGAGGCAAAUAGUUCGCGCGGCGUUGCCGGUCCGCACACCGCACGUACGUCAUCAGAUUCAAAUAAAAAACCACCGCGUACAAGUGGCAACGCCGCUCCGCGCUACAGAGCCGUCGACGAGCAUCACGAUAGCGCAGACGAAAACCGCCUCUAUUCCCUCGUCGGUAGUGGCUAAUUUGAUACAGAAGAAUGUAUUGCCAAAGGGGCAGAAAAUAGCGAUUUCUGGGCCUGGGGGACAAGCGUUGUCGGCUAAUGUGCAAGCGAUUGCGUUUACAACGGCGCAGUUGAAGGCUAGGCAGGGGAGAUUGAUCGCUCAGCCACGGCCUACGCCUGUUGCUGAAAUCGUGGAAGCAUCGACAGCGCCCGUAGCCACGUCAUCCAACGCGUCUAACAUAGCAGAGACACCAUUAUCCACCGAGCCCGGAGACAACACAACCAACGGGGCUGUCCGCAGGCGACCCGCAGACAACCUGCCCAUGGAGGUCACGUGACGAACGACUGCCAGCGACGAUAGUGCGGCAAAGUGCAUAAACACACAAACGGACAGUGAUAGUGCCCGUCGAAAAAGUGUAAAUAGUGAAAGUGCCCGGCACAUAAGUGCAAAUAGUGGAAAUGAUAGUGCCCGGCACCAAAUUGCAAGUGAUAGUGCCCGGCACCAAAGUGUAAAUAGUGAAAGUGCAGGGCCCAUGAUAAAGUGUAAAAACAUCGCGGAACUGAUGGUCACAAGUGAGAAGGUCGCGAAGACGGAGCCACAGCCAGUGUUUAAGUGUAAGAAUAUAGCGGAGUUGCUUGUAACAAGUGAAAGGAGUGUGCGGAGCGAUGGGCAGACGGUUAAAUCCAAGAAUGUACCGAAUCUAGUUGUUACUAGUGAGAAAGCACAUGUUAAAAGUGAGGGUAGCGGACAACCAAUGCUAAAAUGCAAGAAUAUUGCAGAUUUAGUUGUGACAAGUGAAAAAGUUGCUCUGCCAAAAGUGGAGGAAGUUGGCCAACUUGUUGUGGCAAAUAAUGUGGCGCAACUUGUCUGCGAUAGUGCGGGGAAUCUUGUGUUGUGCGACACAAAUGUUGGGCGAUUCAUUACUAUUUGCAACAAGGUCACUGAUAAUGUCAGUUUAUUGUCUAUGCCU